GCAACUUGGCUGAGGAGAACAUCCAGCUGGAGCUGACCAGAGGCAGGGAGACCCUGGAGGUGCAGUAAAUGACACGUGAUGUGUGAAAUAAGCUUUAAUGACACCACCAGAGGGGCAGGUGCACGUGUGUGUUUGUGUUUUCAGACGCUGAAGGGCCUGUGUCUGGACAGUAGGCGCAGUGAGAUCCUGCAGAGGCUGGAGCUGUCUCUGGACAUCCUCACUGGGACUGUGGAACGAAUCUUCAACACAGCCGAGGUGCUCGGCGCUGUGCACCAGGAGGCUCGAGUGAGUCGUGCAGUCGAGCUGAUGGUGGCUCACGUGGAGAACCUCAGGAGACGACAUGACAGAAGCGUGGCAGACCUGGAGGAGGCCAAGAAGACGAUCCAGCAGCAGAACCCCUACAGAAACAUCAUCGACCCCAGAGCAUCGCCAGAUCCAGAGGAAAGUGACGGCAGAAGAAAAACCCUUCAGCAGAACAGUGGUCGUCGCAGAGUCAGCAUAACACUAAUUCCCAGCCAAAUCCAGGAGAAGAUAAAGAGGAAACGAGCUACGAGGUCCUUCAGCAAGGAUUCCUUCCUCACCUGCUCGUCUUCCCACCCGAGCUUCGAGUCCAGCUGCUCUCCCAUGACCAAUGACGACGACUACUCCCUGGACGACAGGCCACUGGAUCCAGAUGAAACUCCGCCAGAAGCUCCAGCUGCUGAGCUUCCUCCACCUCCCACCCCCGAUCCAGAGUGCCUCCCAUCAAAACAGCUGACCACCAGAAAAAUACAAAACCAAAGUUCCCCUUUGGAUACUUUGCGACAGCGACACAAGGGCAAAGCUGCGUUAACAAAGAAAAAAGCAGACAAGGAUAAAAAGAGGACAAAUGUUCACCGACAGUUUUCUGUGAGCACGUGUCGAUCUUUGUGGAGAAAACGUCCUCUGGCUCACUGGCUGUAUUGCUGCCGUGCGCUCUUCUGCACGUACCUGUUUGUGCUUUUCUGUGUCGCAACAAUGACGUACUUCUUGUUGAAGCACCACGAUGAAGCACCUGCGCCAUGAAUAUCAUCAUCGGGACGUUGUCUAAAGUCAUGUGCAUCACUCUUUGCAUAUGAACAUAAAACAUUUUAUGUUUGAAAUACUUUGUGUUCUUUUACCUUCUAGUUAACAAAGCCACACACUUAACUUUCAGCUGUAUUUUUUUAUUAUAAAUAUACAAAACAUAUCAAAACUGAUACAAUCACUUGGUUAGUAAGAAAACACCAAACUGCAGUGAAGACAUCAAACCACCGUUUAAA